GUGGAGUGUUCACUUUCAAGGCAGAAGAAUGGUGCCCCUGAGGAGUCUUCAGAUGAGCUUAACAGUACGUACAAAUCUUCAGAUGGGAUUUUACUGGACAGCAGUGAUUCAGAAAAUGAUGUCUCUGCUGCUAGUGGCAGUGAGUACCAUCCUAGGUGCUCCAUUGCACCUUCAAAGGAAAAGAGAUCUGAAUCUUCAGAGCAACAAGCUGAAUCUGUUGCAGGAGCAUGUGACAACCAAAGCUCUUCAGAUUCUUCUCUGUCCCCUCCAAGUCCAGUGAAAUCAUCUGAAACUUCCACCAAGAAAUCAAAAUUCAACUUGAAAGCCAUUUUUGCUUAUCACUUCAGGGGAAAGAAGUUUAAAGCUGCUGCACACCGAAAAUAUAAGUGUGGCUCAGGCAAGAAGAAGAGGAGAAAGUAUGUGAGCACACAGAUGCCUACGGGGAGGCCACCCCUGACAGCCUCACCUCAAGAGCGAAAGAGAAGGCUUCUACACAGAGGCUUUCAAUUCCCCUUCGUUGAAAAAUAUUAUGGGAAGAAACAUAUUCCCUUAAAGAUGGUUCUUGGCUAUGAGCAAGCAGCUGCAAAGGGGUAUUUCCAGUACAUUGAAAUGCUUAAAUACGAAGAACAUCUUAGAAAAGCUUUGAAAGCCCUUCAGGCCAGUGAAGACUUAGAAAGAGAAUGUCUGGUGGUACGGAAACACAAAUACUUAGAUGAUGAAGGCCCCAUUUCCCCUAUUCAGGAGACGAAGUAAGUUCAUUCUUAUAUUUUCAG